UCUCCCUCGCUCUCGCUUUUAAUCUUGUCUCUAGUGGCGUGUGUAGGGGGGAGGACUUUAUUUCCAUUGGCUAAGCGCUCCCUUCCCACCCACAUCCCUUCCACAUCACCUUGGUGUCUCCCUAAAUAAAACCAGCCCUCCUUAUCGCCUGGAAAAAAUCAGGAGCUAGAGUUUGAAUGGGUUUUAUAUAAACACUCACCCCUGUCAGCGUGCGGCCAGGCUCUCAGGAUAAACUCCCAGUGUCUGGCCUGAUGCUUGCCUGGCGAUCUCUGCCUUGAACGCCAAGGCUUAAGCAGAAUUCAGAGGACCUGGAACUCUUCCCUGAGAUUUCAUCAACCUGAAGCCAGUUGCGGAACUGCACAGGGUCCCGAUGGACCUCAAGGAGAGCCCCAGCGAGGGCAGCCUGCAACCUUCGAGCAUCCAGAUCUUCGCCAAUACCUCCACUCUGCAUGGCAUCCGCCACAUCUUCGUGUAUGGGCCACUGACCAUCCGGCGUGUGCUCUGGGCAAUGGCCUUCGUGGGAUCCCUGGGCCUGCUGCUGGUGGAGAGUUCCGAGAGAGUGUCCUACUAUUUCUCCUACCAGCAUGUUACCAAGGUGGAUGAGGUGGUGGCCCAGAGCCUGGUCUUCCCAGCUGUGACCCUCUGCAACCUCAAUGGCUUCCGCUUCUCCAGGCUCACCACCAAUGACCUGUAUCACGCUGGGGAGUUGCUGGCCCUGCUGGACGUCAACCUGCAGAUUCCCGACCCGCAUCUGGCGGACCCCACGGUGCUGGAGGCCCUACAACAGAAAGCCAACUUUAAACACUACAAACCGAAGCAGUUCAGCAUGCUGGAGUUCCUGCACCGGGUCGGCCAUGACCUGAAGGAUAUGAUGCUCUAUUGCAAGUUCAAGGGGCAGGAGUGUGGACACCAAGACUUCACCACGGUGAGUACUUGGUUUUCAGUUCGCUCUUGCACUUCCUCUUCAGUUGAAGUGGUGCUCCAGUGGCCUUCUGUUUGUCUUGGGAUCUCUACUGUGCCGGAGUGAGGGCAGCGGCCCGGCUGAAGGCCAAGAGGGUCGCUGGUGAGAGUUGUUGGACCUGUUUGUAGAAAAGGUUACCUGUCAGAUGGAGCACUGUGGUCCUUGCAGGUUGGAGAGCCCCAGGGAGCUUGCUGUUGCGGCAGGGGG